CAGCAUGACGUCUGAUGAGUUGUCAUCAAUAUUUAUACUGCUGUUUUCUCUGAACACCUGUUUGGUUAAUGGCCAACCUCCAGGGAAGCCAGAGAUGAUAAGAUGUCGGUCUCCCGAAAAAGAAACCUUUACGUGCUGGUGGAAGCCCGGUUCUGACGGAGGUCUCCCCACUAAUUAUACUCUGCUCUAUACCAAAGAAAGAGAGGAAUCCUACCAUGAAUGCCCAGACUACGUCACAGGAGGGCCCAAUUCCUGUUAUUUUGAUCAAAAGCAUACUUCAGUCUGGACAAUAUAUAACAUGACUGUAAAGGCAACAAAUGCAUUGGGCAGUAACAUCUCCACACCUUACUAUGUGGAUGUGGCUUAUAUAGUUGAGCCAAACCCUCCAGUAAACCUGACUCUAGAAUGGGUGGGUCAAGCCUAUGCAAGCUAUCUGCUGCUGAAGUGGGUUCCACCGCCACGGGCAGAUGUGAGAUCUGGCUGGUUGACGCUUGAGUACGAGCUGCGUAUAAGGCCGAAAGAAGAACCAGAGUGGGAUAAUAUAUUUGUUGGGCUGGGAACGAAAUAUCAGCUGUUUAGAUUAAAUCCAGGCAUAAAGUACGUUGCACAAGUUCGCUGCCGAUCAGACCGCGGAGAAUGGAGUCAGUGGAGUUCUGAAAGCCACUUUCAGGUCCCGAAAGAGUUCAAGCUGAAGGACAUAAUUGUUUGGAUCUUUGUUGCCUUUUUAUCAUUUGUCAUAUGUUUGAUCAUGAUCUGGACAAUGGCCUUGAAAAGAUUUAACAUGGUUGCCUGUAUCCUCCCACCAGUCCCAGGACCAAAGAUACCCGGCUUUGAUGUCCAUCUGUUAAAGGCGGGGAAAGCGGACGAUGUCCUAAGCGCUCUCGGUUGCCCGGUUUUCCCUCUGACGUCCGACUCUAGCAACGAGUUGGAGAAAUGGCUGGUGGUGGACAGCGAAGACCAGGAACUGAUGCCGAGCGACGAGAAGAGUCAUCCCAAUAAAACUGCAAAGUUGGCGCACAAGGAAACAGACAAUGACUCGGGGAGAGGAAGCUGUGAGAGCCCUUCUCUGCUGUUGGAGAAGAGCAAGGAGGCUGGGAAUCUGCUCUUGGAUCUGAAAUCAUCAGAUACCAACGAGCUGAAAUGCGCUGGGGAAGCUCCGGCCGUAGACCUGGAAGGAAAGUUCCCCCUUUUGAGCAGUGGUGGUCCGAAGGCAUCCACAUGGCCCGGAUCUCAGCUAGCCAGUAGUCCAUUCCGUAAGUGUUCCUAUCAUGAUAUUGUGGAUGCCUGCAAAAUAGCCCUCAGCGCCAUGCACCUGAACAGGUCGUCCAUUCCGAUGGGGAACAAAGAACAAUGUGAUUCGGAAUGUCCUAAAACCAUCAGCGAAGGCAAAACCACCACAUUGCGGGAGGCAGAAAAAUUACCUUUAAAUGUUCAGGGUGACCCAGGGUCACCGUGGUCCCUUCUGACGGCGGGGUUGCCUUUUUUGCCCACAAAAUCAAUGGAUUAUGUCGAAGUCCACAAAGUCAAUCACAAUGGAGCUUUGGCUGUAAUACCAAAGCAGAAAGGAAAUGGUAAAAAAACUGAUAGCAGUCCACCCCCCGGAGAUCCCAAGGAAUACACCAAGGUCUCCACCGUUGUAGCCAACCACAUUCUAGUGUUAAUGCCAGAUCCCAAAGUGGAGGCUUCGCCUUCCUAUCAGGAACCACUAAUGGAACCCUACUGGAGCUGCCAACCAAGUCCGGCUGAGAAAGAUAUGAGCUAUGGUCUCCCGGCUCCACAUGCCUGCAAAGUACAGACUGCUGAGUUAGACUACAUGGACCCAAAUAAUUUUAUGCGCUCCUUUACUUAGUUGAAAGGUGCAGUGUCCUUCUUCAGGUAACAACACUACAAGUAAAAUAAAUUCUGUUGACACAAAAUUGCUCAGAUAUCUGAAUUUAGCUCAGUUGUAGCUGUCACACCUUUGUACGCUUUAUAUUCCAGUCAGUUAGAGACCCGCUGAUAGCUGAUUGCAGAUCGAAUUAUUAUUAUUGUUAUUAUUUUUCUAGCUGAGAUUUUGUAGAGGGAUUUCAGGGGGGGGGGAUGAAUUUACAGCAAACAAA